UCGUAGUAGUAGUAUUGGCUUUACGCUCGAGUGUGACGGUAGGACCUGCAUCCACAUUUUGCACGUUGCACGUAUGAAACUAAAGGCAUGAGAUGUUUAUCCUCGGCAUUUCCGUGACACUUCUUAGAAGGUAUCGUGAAUUCUCUUGUUUAACGCACUUUACGCUGUGUUUUGCUGUGGUUCCGUUAUUACUAAUGCACUGUCAACCAACAGGAUGAACCCCACUGGGCUCUCACAGACAAACUAUAAACGCCUAGACUCACUCGGUCUUGUCUUACAAAGCGUUAGUACGAGAGCAUAUCUGGUUUUAGUCAGGUUAUCUCAUUAGCUUCUCUGAAAACUAGGCAAUGCAACCUGCAGAUGUGAAGCAGUGUAAGUGCAGCUCAUGCAGAUCAGGUUCGCAUUCCCUAUUCUGAAAGACAUCUGAAAGUGUGUAUCGUUAGUGCCGAAAACAUCCACAGCACGCAGCCCCGCGCGGCGCUUGGGUUUCUCUUCUUUCAGUAUUAUGUAUACAGUAAUGUGUAGCUUUUCUUUUCUAAAGUUACCAGAGGCAAGCGCCCACGCAAUGCACGGUGGUCAGUCACCGGCUCUUUCUUUAAGACACAGCAGAGUCAUUGCAUCCAAGCUCGAGAUGACGCUUCAGAACGGACCGGUCGUGUCCGCCCACAGCUGCUCGAGCACGGCCCACAAGAACAACAAGCUGAGCUGGGACCUGACCCCAGAAGAGAUCAGACAUCAGACGCAGAGACUGAUCCAGAGGAUAAAACGAGCCUAUGACGCUGUGGGCUCGGUGGACGUGGGGAAGGUGUGCUUGGAGAAUACACUGCAAGUCAUUGCAGAUGCAAAGGCAGAUUAUGCCGCUUCACGCCACGUGUUGGACUUCCCUCAGUAUGUCUCUCCGUGUAAAGAGGUGAGGUUGGCGAGCACCGAGGCUGACAAACGCCUGUCGGACUUCGAUGUGGAAGUGAGCAUGAGGCCGGACGUGUUUCUGAGACUCAUAGCCCUGCAGGAAAAACAAUCCGGCAAUUUAUCGCCUGAGGCGGAGAGAUUCCUGGGACGACUCAUAAAGUUAGGGAAACGGAACGGAUUGCACUUGUCCAAGGAUAUACAAGAAGAAAUCAAGUCGAUCUCGAAGCAAAUAAGUGAACUCUCCAUUGAUUUCAACCAAAAUCUGAAUGAAGAAAACACGGUGCUGUUUUUCUCACAUCAAGAGCUUGUGGGUCUUGCAGAAAGCUACGUGAACGGUCUCGAGAAAACAGAAGAUGGGCGGUACAAAGUCACCCUUGCUUAUCCGCACUACUUCCCCCUGAUGAAAAGAUGUCACGUUCCCGAAACCAGGAGGAAGAUGGAGAUGGCCUUUCACAGCAGGUGCAAAGAUGUGAACACUUCUAUCCUGGAACAGCUGAUUGAGUUGCGGGCAAGGCUCGCCAAACUCCUGGGCUUCAGCAGUCAUGCCAAUUAUGUCCUGGAAAUGACCAUGGCCAAAAACUCAGAGAAUGUGGCACAGUUUCUAGAUGAGUUGUAUAAGAGGUUGAGACCAGUGGGCGAACAGGAGCGGCAGUACCUGCUGUCACUCAAACGUGCUGACUGCGAGAGGCGGGGCUUGGGGUUUGAUGGACAGCUCCACGCGUGGGACAUGCCCUACUACAUGAACCAGGUGGAACAAGUGAAGUUUGCGGUGGAUAAGGACAAACUGAUCGAGUACUUCCCUCUGGAGGUGGUGACCGAGGGCCUGCUAAACAUCUAUCAGGAUCUCUUGGGUCUGAGUUUCCAGCAGGUGGAGGACGCUCACGUGUGGCACGACAGCGUCAAACUCUACUCUGUACAGGACUCUGUGACCGGAGAGGAGAUCGGACAGUUUUACUUGGACUUGCAUCCCAGGGAGGGUAAGUAUGGUCAUGCUGCAUGCUUUGGGCUCCAGCCAGGAUGUCUUGGGCCUGAUGGGAAACGUAGAAUGUCUGUAGCUGCCAUGGUGGCCAACUUCACGAAACCCACAAGCGGCUGGCCCUCGCUCCUGCAGCACCAUGAGGUGGAGACCUUCUUCCACGAGUUCGGACAUGUCAUGCAUGAGCUCUGCUCCCGGGCCUGCUACGCAGAGUUCAGUGGGACGCAGGUGGAGACUGAUUUUGUGGAGGUGCCAUCACAGAUGCUGGAGAACUGGGUUUGGGAGAAGGAGCCGCUGAGGAGGAUGUCCCGCCACUACAAAGAUGGCAGCCCGAUCCCAGACGGUCUGCUGGAGAAACUCAUUGCAUCUAGAGUGGCCAAUACAGGUCUGAUGAACCUCAGGCAGAUUGUUCUCAGUAAAGCUGACCAGACGCUCCACGCUAAAGACAGAGCGGAUACCGCGGCCGAGUUCGCCAAGCACAGCCAAGACAUCCUGGGAAUCCCAGCCACACCAGGCACGAAUAUGACGGCUAGUUUCAGUCAUUUAACCGGGGGAUAUGACGGGCAGUACUACAGCUACCUCUGGAGCGAGGUCUACUCCAUGGACAUCUUCUUCAGUCGCUUCAAAAAGGAAGGAAUCUUGAAUCCAAAGGUGGGCAGGGAGUACAGGAGAGUGGUCCUGGAAGCCGGAGGUUCGGUGGACGGCAUGGAGAUGCUGAAGACCUUCCUGGGUCGAGAACCCCGCCAGGACGCGUUUUUUCAGUGUAAAGGACUCACGCAAACUAUUACAGAGCAAAAGUCACAUUGAUUGUGAGCUACAGGAAGUGAAGAACUCAUUAAUAAUUGAACUGUGCACUGAUAAAAUACAGUACCAGUUAUAUACAAGGAAAAUGCCUGUGUGAUGUGCAGGAGUCUGUACGUCCGGAAUGAAUGUUUUUGAAGGGAUUCAGAAUGCAAGCGUGUAAAUAAGUAUGCAGAUUCAUUAAUAUGGCACUGCACGCGUGCUAUUGCACACUAGACUGAAAAAUUCUCGUUUUGUGCAAUAUGCAACAGCCAUUAUAUACAAAAAGAUCUCGUCCUGAAAAGUCACAGGCAGUAUAAAAUGAACACUAGGAGGAGACAAACAUCACCUUUUCGCUUUAUUAUUCAAUUGUAGCUGUCGUUAUUGAUCGAUUAUCUGUUAAAUAAAACUGCUUUCAGACAUGAAA